AGCUACAUUGGACUUAAGCAGAAGUGCAGAAGCUGGUUGAAGCAGAGGUUGUAAGAAAGGAAAAGAAAGGAAAGGAAAGGGGAAGAGUUAAGGGAGAAGAUAUGGCUGUUGGAAGGAACAUGGCAGCUCCAUUGCUGUUUCUCAACUUGGUCAUGUAUGCAAUUUUGCUGGGUUUUUCUAGUUGGUGCAUUAACAGGUUUAUCGAUGGCCAAACCAAUCACCCCAGUUUUGGAGGAAAUGGAGCAACAAGUUUCUUCCUCACCUUUGCAAUCUUGGCUGCUGUUGUGGGGAUAGUGUCCAAGUUUGCAGGAGGAAAUCAUAUCAGGGCAUGGAGAAAUGAUAGUCUGGCUGCAGCAGGGGCAUCCUCAUUGAUAGCUUGGGCCUUAACUGCCCUUGCUUUUGGGUUUGCUUGCAAGCAAAUAAACAUAGGUGGAUGGAGAGGAUGGAGGCUAAGAAUUCUAGAAGCAUUCAUUAUAAUCCUCACCUUCACCGAGCUCUUGUAUCUCUCCUUGAUUCAUGCUGGGAUAUUUAGCAGUAGAUACGGCCCCGGCUACAGGGAUACCGACUAUGGAAUGCAUGGAGCAGGAGUUGAUCCAGCGCAAAAGGGCAGUGCUGUGCCACCUAUGGCUAGGGUUUGAAGACUGAUAGGACAGUGGGAACGUGACUUAUGCUUUCAUUUUGGUUUCUUGAUUUGGGGUGUCCCUCCUCUCUUGCAUUUUCAGUCUCACUCGUGGGUUUGUGUAAGUAGAGGUGGUGGUCUUUUUAUGUAUUUUGCAUGAUGUUUUUGUUGAAGAAGGAUUUGCACUUUUGCAGCAUCUUGCGUGUAAUACCUGAAU